CAGUCUCCAAGUUUUGGCAGGACUGCGAGAGUUUGCUGAAUAGAGGCGUUCGCGAAUUUCCCUUGACAUCCGCGCGGAAUACAACAACACUCGAUUCUCUCUCUCUCCUGUUCUCGCUAUCCCUCCAAUCCGUUGAAUCCGCGUUGUGUUCACACAGGGUGCUUGCUUUGAUUCCAACAAAUUCCACUGAGAUCCAUAAUGUCCCACUCCGUAGCCGCUGACCAGAUUAUGACGGAUGCCCAUGUGAAGCCUCCAUCCGCAUCUGGGAUUGUCCCUACACUGCAAAAUAUUGUGGCAACAGUCAACCUAGACUGUCGGUUGGACCUCAAAACCAUCGCCCUUCAUGCUCGUAACGCCGAAUACAACCCAAAGCGUUUCGCUGCCGUGAUCAUGCGUAUACGUGAACCUAAAACCACAGCCCUAAUCUUCGCUUCGGGGAAAAUGGUCGUUACUGGCGCAAAGAGCGAGGAAAUGUCAAAAUUGGCGGCUCGCAAAUACGCUCGUAUCAUUCAGAAGCUCGGUUUCCAAGCAAAAUUCACUGAUUUCAAAAUACAAAAUAUUGUUGGAUCCUGUGACGUCAAAUUCCCCAUCCGUCUUGAAGGACUGGCUUUGAACCACGGUUCUUUCUGUAGUUACGAGCCUGAGCUCUUUCCUGGACUUAUAUACCGCAUGUUGCGACCGAAGAUUGUACUACUUAUUUUCGUCUCAGGCAAGAUUGUACUAACUGGCGCAAAGGUCCGCGAUGAAAUCUACGCAGCAUUUGAAAACAUAUUCCCUGUGCUAACUGAAUUCCGUAAACCGUAAAAUCAACAUCCUCUCCUCACUACAUGAGACAUUGCAAACUCAGUGGACCCCGAUCGUACCAUCCAUUAUAGAGGGGGAUCGCCGCAUUGAACAGACUUUAAAUCCGUUAAAAUGGGCUGGUUCCGGUACAGUGGACGUAUUCCCUCCGUUUUGCCAACCCGAAACACUUGUCGGACGAUGGCAAUGUACAAAGUUCUACCUUCUUGGCGUGUCAAGCUAUUCAAUAAAAUAUAAUUUGGCAAUAUAUGCCAUUGUGUCUAAACAAAA